AUGGGUUGAGAUUUACACGUCGAGAAUCCAGAGAAUAAGACCCACAUAUAUAAAUAAUAAUAAUAUGAAUAUCUACGAACUCAUAAAGCAAGGUCUCAUAAAUUUCAACGCUUUUCUUUUCUUCUUCUUCUUCUUCUUUCAAUCCUAAUCCAAAAACCCAUUUUUCCACACCAUUUCUUCUUGACUCAAAUCAAUAAUUACUCUUUGAAUUUCGAUUCAUAAUUUUGUCAAAUAUAUAUAUAUAUAUAUAUAUUUAUUUCACAUUGUUUAUGCUGCUUCAAAAUUAAAUCUCUCAUUCCUCUGUUUUAUCAUCAUCAAGUUUCAAUUUUUCCUACAUUUUCCCGCUGAUUUUCUCGAGAAAAUAUCUGGGUCAUUGCUAAAUUUUUUGAUGGGUGUUUAUCUUUUCCGUUCCAAAAAUCAUUUCCAUUUCUGGGUAUCUCUAUAAUGAAGGAGAAGAAUCUUAUCCUAUAAGCCUCAUCAUCAUCACCAUCAUAAUUAAUUUUUAUUUAUUUUCUCUCCUUUUAAGCUUAAAUGUUACUUCUACAAAUUUUUCUCACCUUGUCAUUUUUUUCUCCCAAAAUAAAUUCUGGGUUUUGAUUAAUUUUUUGUUAUAAAUUUUUGGGUUUGGGAAAAAAAUUUGAAAGAUGGGAGGAUGUUGUAGUACAAGUAAGCAUAAUCGUAGGCGUGGAGGGUAUUUUGGGGAUGAUUUUUUUGAAGAGAAACCAUAUGAAGAUUAUGAUGAAGAAGAUGAUAUGAGAUAUGGUGAAAAAGGUGCUCGUAUAAGGCUUAGAGGUUCUUCUAAAUUUACAUCAAUGUAUACACAACAAGGAAGAAAAGGGAUCAAUCAAGAUGCCAUGACCAUUUGGGAGAACUUUACUGGUGAGAAAGAUAUGGUGUUGUGCGGUGUAUUUGAUGGGCAUGGUCCCUAUGGUCACAAGGUGGCACGUCAUGUUCGUGAUAAUUUGCCUACAAAGCUCUCAAAAGCCAUUGAACAGUCAAAGGUCAAUAGCACCAAGUAUGAUGACGUGGACAUUAGAGACUUGAGUAAUAAUAAUAGUAAUAAUACUACUAGAGAUGAUGACAACAUAGACUCCAAAGAUGUGGAAAACGACAAUAACUCUAAUGUCGUUUUGCCACUUUCUUCUUGGGAAGCUUGUUUGAUUAAAUCUUUUAAGGAAAUGGAUGAAGAUCUUGGUCUUGAUUCCUCCAUUGAUAGCUUUUGCAGUGGUUCCACAGCUGUUACUGUUGUUAAACAGGGUGAGAACUUGAUUAUUGCCAACUUGGGGGACUCGCGUGCAAUUCUUGGGACAAGAGGAGACAAAAAUCAACUCAUACCAGUUCCACUAACAGUAGACUUAAAACCAGAUAUUCCAAGUGAGGCUGAAAGAAUAAAGAAUUGCAGAGGUAGAGUAUUUGCAGCUGAUGAAGAACCAGAUGUGUGUAGAAUAUGGAUGCCUGAGGAUGAUUGUCCUGGUCUUGCAAUGGCUAGAGCCUUUGGUGAUUUUUGUCUCAAAGAUUAUGGCCUUAUCUCUAUUCCUGAUGUCUCUUAUAGAAGACUCACUCCCAAUGAUCAAUUUGUUGUUUUGGCCACUGAUGGGAUUUGGGAUGCUUUGUCUAACAAUGAAGUGGUGAAGAUAGUUGGGUCAGCCAAAAAGAGAUCGGCGGCAGCUAAAAUGGUGGUGUGUAGAGCAGUCCGGUCAUGGAGAUGCAAGUAUCCCGGCUCCAAGGUUGAUGAUUGCGCCGUUGUUAUCUUGUUCCUUAACGAACAACCGUCCUUGUUACCUAGCAAGUCCUACUCAUCUUCUUCAACUACUUCUCGCCACAAGGGCAAUCGUCUUUCACUCUCUCAAAGCUUUAAAUCCUUUGCCAGUUGCGAUGCUGCUCCUGACAAAGACAAUGAUUGUGAUCCUGAAGAUCAAGAUCAUCGUCAUGAUCAAGUCGAAUUUGAUCAUAGUAGUAGUAUUAGAAUUUCCUCACCACCAUCACAAGAUCAUAACGACAAUGAUAAUCAUAAUCAAGAAUGGGUUGCCCUAGAUGGAGUGAAUAGAGUCAAUUCCAUCGUGAGGCUCCCUCGAUUCUUGAGUUUUGGCAAAUAUUCCACUACUACUACCGAUCACAAUCAUCGUGCAGUUCAAUCUUCUUAAUUACUUAAUUAGUCAUCAUCUUUCAUAUGAAAAUCCCCUAAACAAAAAAGACUUGCACAUAAAUUUUGUGUUUUGGACAAUUAAAUACAUUGUUUUGUUUAGUUUGAUAAUUAUACAUACAAAAAUGACCCAACUAAUAAGCAUUUUUGUUUUGUUUGGCAUGUCCAUAUUUUCUUUUGUGUUUUCUUAAUGAUUUUUGACAUUGUAGAGUGCAUAAAUGCAAAUUUAUUGCACCAAAAUGAUAUUUCAACUAACUUUUUGCAAA